CACGUUCCGUCUGUGAUAAAAACCAGCACAACCUUGGGAACGUGUCCCUCUAGACACAUUAGAAAACUUUGAUUUGCGCAAGUUAACCAGAACAAUGGCUUACAGUUGUACAAUAAAAAUGAAUUUAGGACUUAUUUUACUAUUUAUGGUUGUGUCAAUUAGUCGCAUCGAUGCUGACGAAAUGCUGACAAAGAUAAUGUUUAAAGUUAUGGCGAACGAAGAUAAAUUCGAAUCUAUGGAAGCUCAGUUCACGAAGUCGUUGGAAGAGCUAGAAUCGCGGCUAAAUGGGAAAAUAGACAAGGUCAUAGAAACUCUCAACAAGUAUGAACCAAACAUGGGUGACAUUGCAAACGACAUUAAACGAACGAUUUCCAACUCUGUAACCGGGUUGGUCAAAUCUCAGUACGUUUCCAUAACAAAAUCGAUAAAGCAAGAAAAGAAGGUAUUGAUGCAAAUCAAGAAUGAUAUCGACGCAAAUUCGAAGCAAAUGCAAUCUGAAAUUGUGAACGCGCAAAUGCGUUUGGAUGAACGUUUUGAAAAUCAAACAGCAUUAAUAGAACAUGAAUUUAACAGUGCAAAACAUGAACUGGAAGGGAUGAAAAAUGUUAUACAAAACGACAGUGAUAAUCUGAGUGUAUUGUUCGAAGACUUAAAAAGUAACCUCAUACACCAAACUAAAACAGAGAAACUUGAAUUUGAGGAACAUUUUCUAAAUCAAACGAAAGAGCUGGAGACAAGAUAUAGUUUGAAGGAGUCUGAUAUAGAUAUCCAAAUGGCUCUGUUUCAAAACGAAUCAUUGGAUAACUCGCUUAUCUUUGAAAAUAAAUUCAAAGAUGCGUUAGAAGAUCUUGCUGCAAAAGAUGUGUAUUUAGAAUCGCGACUCUCGAAUCACGACAGCGCGAUCUCGUCCGUCCGCUCAAGUGUAUCCGGACAUUCGUAUAGACUCAGUAGCAUAGACGGUAAACUGUCCAGCUACAAAUCAUCGCUAGACACCCUCUCCUCUAACAUCAGGAGUUAUAAAACCUCUGCGGACUCUGUAGGUUACCGGAUUAGCGGAAUUGAAACAAAAUUAAGUAAACAUUCCAGCUUCUAUGCCGUAAAACAAAAGCGCGAAGAUGACAUGAGGGAUGGACUAAGACUGAGACAUCGCGGCGUGUUCAGAAAUGAAGGCAGCGACUACAGUUCUGUUACCGGUUAUUACACAGCACCAGAAGACGGCGUUUAUUCGUUCUGGCUUAGUGUAGAAGCCCGUUACGGAAAACGUGCUGUCCUGUGUUUAUAUCACGAUGACAUGAAAACGGGUAUACAGUCAUUCGAGGAAAAUGGAGGAGGAGCCGGACAGGUUGGAUUCAUAUAUCUGACUCGUGGAUCAAAAGUAUCGGUACACUCGUGCUUUAGUGGAAGUAGCAUUGACCCCGUCCGAACUGCCUUUAGUGGUGUACUUCUGUACACGAAAUAGCUUUACCGUUUGAGUGUAAUACAAUCAAUGUUUCCCCUAUCGAUGCCUGGAACAACCUAGGAAUAUUGACAAAUUAACUGUUUGUGUUUGUUUUUAAAUGUAGAUAUUCUGAAGCCAAUGUUAUAAAAGUCGAGCCAAAUUUAAUCAGUAUAUUAUUUGGAGUUUACUUUGAGGAGUAUUCAAGCCCUUGACAUGGUUUACUCGUACAUGUUGUUUAUUUGAUGUAUGUUUUAUCUCAAGGAUCAAAACUUACAUAUAGUGAGAUCGAGAUGUCUACAAAGUUGAAAUAUUUAUAGAAAAACUACAGAAACAAACUCAAUAGUCAAAAAAUCAAAUAUUUUCCCCGUUAUCAUCAUUAUUGGGCAUACACUAAAUUACGUGCUAGUUCCUAGCAUGAUAUGAUAGCCUAUUAAUAAAAUGCUAUUAUAAGUU